AUGCUUGCCAUAUCUAUGGCUCUGCCUAUGCCACAUCUUUUAUCUCGCCUCGACCCGAUUCAUCCAUUAUCGAUGUUCCCGACAGAAAAUGCCCGGCCUGUCAAUCCUCCCUCACCGGCGAAGAAACCGAAGCUGUCGCUAAGGACUUCUGAUCUCGCUCCUACAUUUCGUGGCUCGACCGGUCGUCAAAAUGGCAUUAAUAUAGGCGCCACCGCAACCCCAACUACGCUAAACACAUUCAGCAAUACAUUCGAUCUUGCAUACAGACCGUCACCAGUAACCAAUCUUCCAUCACCGGUAUCACAUUCGCAACCAAGAGGCAGCGCACAUCCAACUUCCCCAAUUGUGAGGUUAUCAGAGCACCCUUACGCCCUAAAUUUGCCCUUUGGAGUCCAUUCAAUAUUGAAGAAUAGUCCACUUCCCUGGGAUAUUCGCCGCCCUUCCGUCAGCGCAAGCCCCCGAGUAGCUAGUCGGCGAGUGUUUUUCCCAGCACCCAAGAAGGUUGCUUUUCGCGCAGAAUUGGAGGAAGAGAUUGUCACGAAGAAUUACAUUAUGCGCCACGCAGACUUGAGUUCAUCCGAUGAGGAAUCUACUCCUUCUGAGAAUGACAACCAAAGUGGAACCUCCAACGAUGAGGGAGAAGAUGGCGGUGGCAAUGGCCGGGAAAUCCGCGUGGAUGAAGUCUCGCCGCGUAAGAAAAGAAAGCGGAAGUCUACGGCGGUGUCCCCUUCGUCCUCGUCUGAACUAGACCAAGCCAGCUCAGAAAAAUCCCAGAGCAAAUCAGCAGCGAGGUCGAAGCUUCGGAGAGAGAGUCUCAAGAUAUCAAAGGAGACCGAAGACCUCUAA